GUGUCCAGCUGUUCAGGAUCUACUGGACGCCACUCAGCUAUCAGACAGAGCAGCUUUUGUGUGAUAAAUCCUAACAAGCAACUAGCUAAAUUGGAGUCACAAGUACGCACAGUCUGUGGAGAGUUUCAGGCUGCAGGCUUGUGGGGGCUGCAACUUUUCUGCCUCUGCUGGAUCAUAAUUCAAGGCAAAUCAUGAUCUGAGCAGCAGCGUCUGGGGAGUGCUGUAACGCAAUAUGGAGAGCUGGCACUGUUUGCUGCUGCUGUGCUCACUAAGUUUAGCGCUGGCCUCUGGAGAGGCAAAGAAAAAUGAUGAUGAAAUCGACAUUUCCAGCUUUCUGAGAGGUAUCGUCCCUGGGCUGCUGGUGAGAGACGAGUCGUUCAUCAUCAACAGAGACUUUGAGAUAAACUCCCUCAGGGAGCUGGAGCGCCCUGAGGUCCUCUCAAUCACAGAGCAAACCAAGGUCAAACCAGUCAAUCAGGAUACAAACGGGGCUCCUGGACCUGUGGUGUUAACCAAAGAUGGCCAGAUCAAGGGGAUUACUGUGGACAAGGCCCAUAUAUUCUAUGGGGUACCAUAUGCAGACCCCCCUGUUGGGGCUUAUCGCUGGAAGCCUCCCAGAUCUGUUAGUCCUCGGCAAGGGGUUUACGAUGCCUCCUUCCCCAGGGCAUCAUGCAUGCAGGCCUGCAGUGGACCCAUCAUUGAGGAGUGUCCUCGAAUAGUCAGCGAGGACUGUCUCUACCUCAACAUCUUUGUCCCUCUGGAUGUGAACUUCAGCUCCCGUCUGGGGAGCCCACUGCCUGUCAUGGUGUGGAUCCAUGGUGGGGAUUUCAUAGCUGGCUCUGCCUCCAAGCCGCUGUACGACGGGCGCUUCAUCAGUAACUUCACCCGCACUGUUGUCGUAAGCCUGGAGUACCGACUGGGUGCUUUUGGGUUCCUUGUGUCGGGCAAAGACCCUCACUCCUCAGCUGCUGGGAAUUACGGGAUCUUGGACCAGCAGGCGGCUCUUCUUUGGGUCCAGCAGAACAUUGCAGUGUUUGGAGGUGAUCCUGGCAAGGUGACAAUAUUUGGGGAGAGUGCAGGUGCUCAGUCAGUGAGUCUUCACUUGAUGAUCCAAAGCAGCAAACCUCUGUUCAAACAGGCUGUCCUGCAGAGUCUGCCAUUCUCCAUCCCUCUGAAGACCAGACACGAUGCCCUGAAGCUGGGAAAAGACUUUGCUAAACAGACCAACUGCUCUGUGAGCGACAUCGUCUGCCUGCUGUCUCUCACUCCACAGGCCGUCCUGGCCGCCCAGAUGAAAACAAGUUCCAAGGUUGUGAACCCGUUCAGGUUCCUGGAGGUUUUUGAGACGUGGGGUCCAUACAUCGAUGGGGAGUUAAUAAAAGAGCAAGCCGUCACUGCCUUCCAGAAGGGCCACUGGCAGAAGGAGAAGCCAGUGCUGCUGGGUACAACCUCAGAGGAAGGGGUGAUCUUUGCGUAUGGUGUCUUCAGCAAGCCGGUCUCUACAGUGGAGAGCACUGUGUACAUCACAGCCAUCUUUAAACAACACACUCUGCGGAUCCUGCACAAGUACCUGCCCCUCUACAGGGACACUGACCGCAGAGGCAUGCUGGCUCAGAUCGUCACUGACUACGUCUUCCUGUGUCCAUCCCGGAGGUCAGCGCGUGCUGGCACAGCAGCAGGCAGCAAGGUGUGGAUGUACGUGUUCGACCAUGUGCCAUCAGACCACCGCGUGUGGUCAGGUCUGACUUUCUGCUACCAGCACGCCUGCCACGGUGCCGAGCUGCCCUUUCUCUUUGACUCUGCCUCGGUGGCCAACUUCACCCUGUCCAAACCAGAGAAGCUGCUGUCCAAUCGGAUGCUGUGCUACUGGGGUGCCUUCACCCACGCCGGUGACCCUUCCUCGCGGGCCAAACAAACAACUUUCUGCCGGGAGCAGCGUCUGCCCGUUUGGCCACGCUAUUCCGACACCAGCAGCUGGCUGGUCAUGAACCUGACAGUGCGUUCACAUGCACAAGUGGGAACCAGAGACCAUAUAUGUGACUUCUGGGACCAUCUGGGCAUCUAUUAGUGAGGGAACAGGCUGGGCAGGAAGGUGUUAGGUUACUUUGUAUUGAAGUAAAAUCAGUACAUGCUGUUCUCUCUGUUCCUCAGGAUGGAAAUUCAGUCAGAAAACCUUGCAGCGUGAAGCUACUGUGUUCAUCACAAAAAUAUACAUUCAUCAGUAUUAAAGAUGACCUAUUUGGAACCGCUACCAAGCGGCGAUUGUUUCAAUAAAGUGUCAGCUUCUAAACAGAAAACAUUAUUUCUAUUUCCUCUCUCUGGCAACCUAGUUAAUCGUGCACAUUAAUGUUUUAAAACGUCUUGAAUUAUGAGCAUUUUCUUAUCAUCUAUUAGUUAUAAUUAGGGAUGCAUCUCCACCAAAGUCCCACCAUUUUCCCUUUACCAUGAAAAAGGCUGCAGAAUGACACGUGUGCUCUGUUUGGGGUAAAUUAAGAUGAGGAUAAGUUUGCACAAGUCCUGAAGCUAUAUGAUACUACAUCAUGAAAGUACAGAGUGAAUAAACAAAGGGCAAAAGCAAUCCAUAAUCAAAAUAUGCAAGACAGGCAAAAACCCACAGCCUAUUUAACAUGAACAUACCUUUAGGAUGCUUUCACACCUAACCUGUUUUGUCAGGUUAAAUAAACUCAGUUUAGUCAAUAUGGUUCUGGCAUGAAAGAUUUCGAAACCGCCAAUAAAUCCAUCUACCCAAUGUGAAAUCUGUUCAGGAAGCAAUCUUAUAGUUGAUCUGUUGUAUAAGGUAACCAUGGUAACACACAGGCCACACACAUGUCAGUCUGGGUAUUUUUCCUCAUUAAAAAGCUGUUAAAACUGCUGUGCUUGUAUCUGACUCUGUGUAUUUUGUCAGUUAAUUAAGUCCAUUUAAAAGUGUGUGACAGUGAUCCCACAGUAAUAAGCCUGGAAUCAUUACUGAACAAGAUGUUUCCUUUUGUCCGUCUCUACCUGUUAGUCAUUAUCCAUAACAUGUGGUCACUUUGCAGUCCUAAAAUACUAAUAAUGCUUAUAAUGAGACAUUUCUUUGUGAGCACUUUAAGACGGCAAAUAAUAAAUAUAUAAAUAUACAUGUCAGAAACAUUAUUGUGCUGCAUAACCUUUUGUCAGUCACUGGAAUUUGAUUUCCCUACAUGGGUUCUGAUAAUGCACUGACAAUGCAUGAUGACAAAUGCCAUAAACAACAGGCUACCCGUCAUUUGGUAGAACUUCACAUUUACUCCUCUAUGUUCAUUUGUAAUAAGUCAGUGUGAACAGGAACCAGACCAGAGCUAAAAUGCUACAAUGCAUUAUUUUUUACCCUUGGCUGAACAACAGGUGGGAAAGCACCCGUAUGGUACCCUGGAAAUCCAGAGUUCUCGCGAGGGCACAAUUUGAAUUUGCUCAGCGAGUCACUCUGGCAAUCAAUAAUGAUGCUCAUUACCCAUACCCUUGGAGCCAAGCUCCACCAAUCACAUCGGUGUAUCUGAUAUAGGCGGGCCAGAGGUGAGCUAAACAGAUGACGACAGCGCUGCGAUGACGAAGUCGGAGUCAGUCAGUAAACAUUGCAAGAUGGCUACGGAUGAACACCAGUUGUUUGAAACAGCUUUGGCCGCUAAAAUGAACGAGUUAGACUUGGCUUUUUCUCUAAAAGAGGAACAGAAGAUGGCGCUCGAAUCUUUCCUUUGCAAGAAGGACGUUUUUGCUGUUUUGCCGACCGGAUACGGCAAGAGUCUAAUCUACCAGUUAGCUCCGCUGGUAGCUAAGCGUAUACGUCGUCCUGUGUAUUGUUCUGAUUGGUCGUAGUGUUAUCCAAUUGCAUGCAGUGAUAUUUUCAAAUGCAUGCUUGGUGCCAGCCCUCAAGUUGGGCCAUUUUCAUUACUCAUAGCCAGACCCUAAAUCUUU